AUGAAACUUAUUUUUAAUCUUAUCAUCAUUACUUUCAUUGCUACUCUAACCAUUUUUUGCCCUACGGAAUCUGUGUCUUCCAACGAGACCAUACCUUUUAACAAAUCUAUCUCUUCCAACGAGACCAUACCUUUUAACAAAACUAUCUCUUCCAACGAGACCAUACCUUUUAACAAAACUUUCUCUUCCAACGAGACCAUACCUUUUAACAAAUCUAUCUCCUCUGCUCCACCACCUUCGGGGAUCUGUUUAAAGUCACAAGUGGUUGCUAAUGGUACUCAAAUUAAAACCGGUGGUAACCCUAAUGGAUGGUGCUCCAGCGUGAUCCAAGGACAAAUUCCAACAAACGAAUUUAUGGUCUCCACUCUUAUUAUUAAACCUAAAGAUGGAUCUAUUGUUCCAGCAAAUCAGAAUUUUACUCUAUCAAUUAAAAUAAUCAACUUACAAACAGGAUAUUUCGCUGAUCCUGAAACAGAAUACUAUACCCAGCCACAAGAACUUAACGAAGAAGGGAUUGUCAAAGGACAUAGUCAUGUUGUUAUACAAAAAUUAGCUGAUGAUGAAGACGAAGAGGUUGUUCCGAAUCCUAAUAUAUUUGCUUUUUUUAGAGGAUUAAAUGAUCCAGCUGACGAUCGAGGUAUAUUGGAGACAGAAGUUGGCUCGGAUGUAGAACCUGGCUUACCAAGUGGUAGAUACCGUGUGUGUACGAUAGUCUCUACAUACACUCAUCAGCCAGUUAUCAUGCCUAUUGCUCAACGUGGUUCACAGGAUGACUGCAUUCGUUUCACCGUUAAAAGUUAG